AUGGCGGCUUCCUGUGUCCUCCUGCACACCGGGCAGAAGAUGCCCCUGAUUGGACUGGGCACCUGGAAGAGCGAUCCUGGCCAGGUAAAGGCUGCUGUUAAGUACGCCCUGAGUGUAGGCUACCGCCACAUUGACUGUGCUGCUAUCUAUGGCAAUGAGACGGAGAUUGGGGAGGCCUUGAAGGAGAAUGUGGGACCUGGCAAGGUGGUGCCUCGAGAGGAGGUGUUUGUGACUUCCAAGCUGUGGAACACUAAACACCACCCUGAGGAUGUGGAGCCUGCCCUCCGGAAGACACUGGCUGACCUCCAGCUGGAGUAUUUGGACCUAUACCUAAUGCACUGGCCUUAUGCCUUUGAGCGAGGAGACAACCCUUUCCCUAAGAAUGUUGAUGGGACUAUCCGCUAUGAUUCUACCCACUACAAGGAGACCUGGAAGGCUCUGGAGGCACUGGUGGAUAAGGGGCUGGUACGGGCACUGGGCCUGUCCAACUUCAGCAGUCGGCAGAUUGAUGACGUGCUCAGUGUGGCGUCUGUGCGCCCAGCUGUCUUGCAGGUGGAAUGCCACCCAUACCUGUCUCAGAAGGAGCUGAUUGCCCACUGCCAAGCACGUGGCCUGGAGGUGACUGCUUAUAGUCCUCUGGGCUCCUCUGAUCGUGCUUGGCGUGAUCCUAAUGAGCCUGUCCUACUGGAGGAGCCAGUGGUCCUGGCACUGGCCGAAAAGUAUGGCCGGUCUCCAGCUCAGAUCCUGCUCAGGUGGCAGGUCCAGCGGAAAGUGAUCUCCAUCCCCAAGAGUAUCACACCUUCACGUAUCCUUCAGAACAUCCAGGUGUUUGACUUCACCUUUAGCCCAGAAGAGAUGAAGCAGUUAGACACCCUGAAUAAAAAUUGGCGAUACAUUGUGCCCAUGAUCACUGUGGAUGGGAAGAGGGUCCCGAGAGAUGCAGGGCACCCUCUGUAUCCUUUUAAUGAUCCAUACUGAGACCACCACUCUGGGGUUUCCUUUCCAGCUCUCCAGCUACAAGGUC